CGUCUCUUCUGUCCCGAAGCACAAAACCCUUUCUUUUGUUUUUACACAAUUUGGGUAGUGGGUACAUAUAUUUUCGUAUAUUGAUUCAUAUAUACUUUGGAUUUUGGAUUCUCUGUAUAUUUUGGUGUAUGUUUUCGGCAAUGGCUUCUCCGCCAGAUACAAGCAAGACCAUAAAGCUGGAGCGCUACAACAGCUACCUCCGCAGGGUCAACAGCACCAAGCUCCUCAACGCCUCCUCCAAGCUCCUCUUCCGCGCCACCCUUCUCGUCGCCCUCGUCCUCAUCUUAUUCUUCACCCUCAACUACCCUCCGCUUUCCGAUCACGUCGGCGGUGGGGCCAACCACGUCCACACCACUCACAACUUUCUCUCCUCCGCUUUCUACGGUGGGGGAGUGGGAGGGACUGCUUGGGAAAAGCAGGUCCGCAAGUCUGCUACUCCUAGACGCCCCAACGGCAUGUCGGUGCUGGUCACCGGCGCGGCCGGCUUUGUCGGGUCUCACUGCUCCCUCGCCUUAAAAAAGCGGGGCGAUGGAGUUCUGGGACUCGACAACUUCAACUCCUACUACGACCCUUCGCUAAAGCGGUCGAGGCAGGCCCUGCUGAAGAAGCAUGAGGUCUUCGUCGUGGAGGGCGACUUGAACGACGAGCCACUGCUGACGAAGCUGUUCGAUGUGGUGCCGUUCACUCACAUCCUGCACCUGGCGGCCCAAGCGGGCGUCCGGUACGCUAUGCAGAACCCGCAGUCGUACGUGAGCUCCAACAUUGCCGGGUUCGUCAAUCUCCUCGAAGUGGCAAAAAGAGCAAAUCCUCAGCCCUCCAUUAUCUGGGCCUCCUCCAGCUCAGUCUACGGGCUCAACACUGACAACCCGUUUUCCGAGCUGCACAGGACUGACCAACCGGCCAGUCUCUACGCGGCAACAAAAAAAGCCGGUGAGGAAAUCGCCCACACUUACAAUCAUAUUUACGGGCUUUCCCUCACCGGCUUAAGAUUUUUUACCGUGUACGGACCGUGGGGGAGACCCGACAUGGCGUAUUUCUUUUUCACCAAGGACAUACUGCAGGGUAAACCGAUCGACGUCUACAAAACAGUGGACGACAAGGAAGUAGCACGUGACUUCACGUACAUUGACGACGUCGUAAAAGGGUGCCUGGGAGCGUUGGACACAGCCCAAAAAAGCACGGGAAGUGGGGGCAAAAAGAAAGGCCCCGCCCAGCUGCGAAUUUACAACCUCGGCAACACGUCGCCGGUGCCGGUGGGGAAACUGGUGUCGAUACUGGAAGGGCUUCUAAGCACGAAGGCGAAGAAGCACGUGAUCAAGAUGCCGAGAAACGGGGACGUGCCCUACACGCACGCCAAUGUGACCCUGGCGUACAAGGACUUUGGGUACAAACCCACCACGGAUUUGGCCAGCGGGCUGAGGAAGUUCGUCAAGUGGUACGUCAGUUAUUACGGGAUCGAGUCGAGGGUAAAAAAGGAAAUGGACAGCGGUAAGAAGGGCAGUCAGCUAACCGACGAAUCCGGUUGAUUAAAUCAUCCUCGUCACUGAUCACAUGGCCUUUGUCUAAAUUUUUUGUUGAAUUAAAUUCCGUUUUUACUUUUUUUUUUUUUGGGACUUUUUUUAAAAGUAAUUUGGGUGUGUGUUCCUGGAUGUAAUUGGAUCCAAAAUGUUGCAGCUGUUCUUGAUGUAUCAUAUAUAAUUUCAUAUAGAAGAAGAAGAAGAAGAUAAAAAUGUUUAGGAAAAAUAUGGGGGAAGGUGUAGAUCUGGAAACAUGGGGGGAGGAGGUUUGUAAUAAUGUGUGGUGGGGUCUACUGGAAAGGUUGUAGAUCUCAGCCAUUGGAUUUGGUAUAAAGAAAUUGUGAUUGUAACAAGAAACAAUGACAUCAAGAAUCUUCUUUGCCUUUGCUUCUUCUUUUCA